AUGUGUGUAGAUUUCCUUCUUUCGAUUUUAUGUCUAAUACUAGUUUUCAAUCAAGUAUUCUCGGUUUGUGAUAUAACCAAUGGGCCGUCAGGGAAUACAGGAUGUGUUUAUUCCCCAUCAUACUCAAAAUUCCAGGCAGCUGUUUGUUUGCCUAAAGAAAAGAUCGUGUACUCCACGGGUAAACAUUUGACAUGUAGGGGAUCUAGUACGAAAUAUUGCUGGUAUCAAUGUACAGCAACAGCUAGUCACGGAGGACUAUCGGCUUGUCAAUGUGAUCCAAAUUCCCCAAGUGUGGGGAACUCGGAUACACCUAAUAUUAACUGUUAUUUUCCAUCUGGAGACUGCUCGUGGUUUUCUGAAUGUUUGACAAAGAGGAAACCUUGCCCAGCAGUAACAGAGGCCAGUAGAACAUGUCAAAAACUAGAGAAAAGUGCCAAAGAAAUUUCGAAAAACGGCAAGGCGUGGGUUAUAGGUGUGAUAAAAUGCAUGCAAAAUAAUUUAGUUCAUUUACUUUAUCCACAGAUUAGAGCCGAUUGUGAAAAAGUGAAAUCCAUUCUAGAGUCCUCCACUAAAUACUGCUACACAGAGCCUCUGGUUGAUAAUCACUUUUGCGAGUUAUCCUGGGAUGAUAUCUUCCAAAUUGACGGUUUCGUUGGCGGCGUCUUCUCCAAAUUUAAGAGAUGCUUAAUGACAACAUAUGUUCCUAUUUGGGCAAAGCAGCUCUUGUUUUAUGUGGAAAACUAUAAUACAAAUGAAUUAGAUAAGCUGGCUGAGGAGAUUGCGGAGACCCUUUCCCAGUCAUUUCAGUGGUCGGAAUCCGGUGUAAAGUAUAAAACAAUAGGUCCAACAAUACUUCCAACAAAUGUGGACUCGGUACCAAUACGAAUCUAUCUCUACUCUGAAUCAAAAAAUGAAAAACUGGUUUUAAAAACGAUAGAUGAUCUAAAGGAGAGAAUUGCUGAAGGAGAUAUAGCCACGCUGAAAUUCAAGAAGGGAGAGAUCGUAAAAGUGACACAUGUAAUUGGCUGCAAUGAUCCCCAGUGUCUCUCAAACUCUUUUUCUAUGCAAACAGAAUGCAGUGGAAUUGCCAAGACUUUGUCCUGUGAAAUCCUUGAAGCUCAUAAAUCGGACAAACUGACACUCCUCGGCACACAUGUAAGACAAGACCCGCCGGAUGAUGGCGCUGACGCUCUGAGGAAUAUACAGGACGCUUGUGAAGGGAAAACGGCAAGAAGAUCAUCUUAUUCCUGUGAAAUCAAUGGUGAGACUCACACCUCUCCUGGCGGAACCGUUUGUUUGGACGAAUUGAUUCUUCAGUAUGUCAUUGACCUCCAAAAGACUGCUUACAAACCACAGAUAAACUCUCUCGCGGGUUCGUGCCACACUACUACUUCACUUCACUAUAGUGGAAUGGCGGUUGAUUUACAACUGAACAAACUAACAGGAACAAACUUAAGAGAUCCAGACCAAGAGGAAGCUUACAAACAGGCCUGCUCUAAAGCUGGAGGGUGGAGUCACGGAGGGACUCACGUACAUUGCCAGAUAAUAAAUUUAAAGCAGCAAAGCACGAAGACAGUGAAAGGUGAUUCAGAAUGUACAAACCUAGGAGGGGAAUGCAAGGAAACUUCCGUCAGUUGUAAUAAUGGACGAUUUGAGACAAUGCUGUGUUCUGGAAGAUCAUCUCGCCAAUGCUGUAUUCCUAAUUCCGGAAAUUAUGACUGCUUUGGUGAUGUAACAAAAUUGACACCAAGUGGAAGAAAAAAUGGAGGUAUACCUGCUUCAAUAAACGAAAUAACACCAGACCUAAAGAAACUAACAGAGAAGAAAAGCUGCUAUGUGUCGGCUGGAGAAAAUAACUGUGUUCACCCAGCAGUAAUAGCAGCCAUUGCCAGCAGAGAGUCACAUGCUGGUAGACUAUUAAUAAACACCAAUGGCUGGGGAGAUAACGACAAUGCUUACGGAACUAUGCAGUGUGACGUGAGGCAUUGUCCUGUUUGCGAUAAAACAACUGGCCAGAAUUGUACAACAUAUAACUGGGAUAGUUGUGAACACAUCAAUAUGAUGACGAAGUUCACCUUGGUGAAGUUCAUAAAAGAAGUUCAGAAGAAACAUCCCAACUGGGCCCUAGAGCAGCAGCUACAAGGUGGUGUAGCUGCUUACAACUUUGGAGUUGGAAAUGUUCAGUCGUGGGGAAAUUUAGAUAUUGGUUCCACUAAUAACGACUACAGCAAUGAUGUCAUUGCUAGGGCUCAUUACCUUAUCAACCAGCACGGAUGGUAGGCAGUCAUCAAAGGAUCAUAACACAAUGACGUCAUUGCUAA